AUGGAGUUCGCCGCGUACCUCAACUACACCCGUGGUCUGCACUUUGAGGACAAACCGGACUACAGUUAUUUGAAGCGGAACUUCCGACAACUGUUUGUAUCUCAGGAGUAUUUGCUGGAUUAUGUGUUUGAUUGGACACUAAGGAAAGAAGAAUCUAGUCUGAAGGAGGAGUUUACCGCUCAUCAAAGGGAGAAAAAUGCUUUGGAUGAUGUGUAA